CUCACAGAAAGAAAUAUGAUGAUGGGACGUAAUUAAAGGUGAGCACCUACAAUAUGAAUAAUCAAGUCCAACUUGUUUGCUUGUGACUUGUGACUGAGCAAAAAUAAAAGUCAUCCUCUCUUUCUCACUCACACACAUACAUCUGACUCACAAACAAAAUCAAGAACCCAACACCUAAACUACAUCUGAUAUAAUUACAUAGAUGGAGGGAGAAACCGCUGCGAAGGCAGCAGCAAGUUCCUCCUCAUCACCAAGCCGCUAUGAGUCACAGAAAAGACGAGACUGGAACACUGUCCUUCAGUACUUAAAGAACCACAAGCCACCUCUGAGCCUGUCUCGUUGCAGUGGCGCACACGUCAUCGAGUUCCUUAAGUACCUCGACCAGUUUGGUAAGACCAAAGUCCACGUCCUGGCUUGUCCCUUCUUCGGAGAGCCAGACCCACCGGCUCAGUGCACUUGCCCUCUCAGGCAAGCUUGGGGAAGUCUCGACGCUCUCAUCGGCCGUCUUAGGGCUGCGUUCGAGGAAAUAGGCGGUGGCCUUCCCGAGUCAAACCCUUUUGCUGCCAAGGCUGUUAGGAUCUAUCUCAAAGAAGUCCGUGAAACUCAGGCUAAGGCUCGAGGGAUUCCCUACGAUAAGAAAAAAAGGAAACGGCCCUUUACAGCCAAGGCAACUCCAAACGUCGAUGGUGGGGAAGGCAGUGGAGGAAGCGGUGGUGCUGCUUUGGUCGUUGCUUCAACUAUGGUAUAGUCACGCAACCGACGGAAUCCAAAUAACCGAUGCUAAAUCUUAAUAAAUUAUAUAUAGUUGGUAUAGUUUAUUCUUAUGUUCUUUGCUUUCUAGUAAUCAUAUAUUUUGUGUAUUACUUAUUGAGAUGUAUAUUGCAAUUGUAUUCAUGGAAAAGAGGAUGGAUGACCCAUUAUUAAUGAAAUUUUAUUUUAUUUUAUAA